AGUGGUGAGUCCGCACAUCAGAUGCAAUGGGUGAAAGGUACAAGUAUGCCCGAUUUGGGGGCCACACCUCCCCUAUUUUGUGUUUUCCAUAUAAAAGCCUCGGACACUCGGGACACCAACAUACAAACAUUGAACCAGCAGUUUUCACAUCAUGGCUUUCAAAUUCUUCGCUUUCGCGGCAUUCGUAACAUUGGCUAGCGCCGGCGACGUAGCUUACGACGUCCAACCGAGCUACGCUGCGCAACCGGCUUACGCAAGCUACGCUCCCGCAUUAACAACCUAUGCCGCCCCGGUUGCCAAAUACGCCGCCGCCCCGGCCCUCUCCUACACCGGACUUUCCACCCCCGUCGUUCAAAGAGUAGCCUACGCCGCCGCUCCAGCUUACACCCAAGUCGCUCCAGUGGCCAAGGUGGCUUACGCAGCUCCCGCCGUUAAGACCGUCGUCGCCGAACCCGAAGCUCCAGCUCACUACGACUACGGCUACGCCGUCAGCGAUCCACACACUGGCGACAGCAAAUCGCAACAGGAGUCGCGUCGCGGAGACGUCGUUCAGGGAAGCUACUCGCUGGUCGAAGCCGACGGCACUAAACGCACCGUCGAAUACACCGCCGAUCCGCACAACGGUUUCAAUGCGGUUGUACACAGGGAAGCUGUGAAAGCUGUGGCACCGGUUGUUGCGAAGGUCGCUGAUCCAGUGGCUAAAGUCGCAUACGCCUCCCCAACGGUCCAAGCUUAUCAAGUUCCGGCUGUUCAAGCGUAUGCCGCUCCAUCCGUUCACGCUUAUGCAGCUCCAGCUGUUCAAGCUUACGCUGCUCCAGCGGUGGCCAGUUAUUCGGCUCCUGCGGUAGCCACAUACGCCGCUCCGGCUGUUGCCAGUUAUGCUGCUCCAGCCGUAACUAAAUAUACGGCAACUCCGGGAAUUACUUAUGCCAGUUCUCCGGUAGUGGCCAAAUAUGCUGCUGCCCCAAGUGUUACUUAUGCCGCACAGUCUGCUCCCUCCUAUUAUCACUAGUGAUUUUGUUUUUUAAUUGUAUAUAAUUAAUUUUAGGAAAUAAAAAGCCA